AUGGCGGCCAAGCGGAUUGAGAAGUGGGAAAUCGACCGCUACUGGGAGAUAUUCGCAAGUCUGGUACAGCAACCAGCUACGCCCUCGACGCGCUUGACGAAUCAGGCCGCCGCAAAUGUCCUUCGAAACUCGCAAUUGAGAGACGAUCAAUUAGAAAGAGUCUGGGAUCUGGCAGAUGUGGACGGCGAUGGCGAGCUCGACUUUGAGGAGUUCUGCGUGGCCAUGCGACUGAUCUUUGACCUUGUCAACGGCGAAUAUCAGGACGUUCCACCAUCGCUCCCAGAUUGGCUGAUUCCAGAAAGCAAAGCUCAUUUGGUCGCGGCCAACCGAGCGUUGACAGGUCAUCAAGCAAGCCAAUUCGAGCGGAUAGAAGACGACGAGGAAGAUGCGGGUCUAAAAGAUGGCUUCGACUGGUACAUGAACCCUUCCGACCGAUCCAAGUACGAAGAGAUCUAUUCCGCCAACAAAGACCGCCGGGGAGAUAUCAGUUUUGAGAGCCUACACACAUUAUACGGCAGUCUUGAUGUUCCGGACACCGAUAUUCGAAGUGCUUGGAACUUGGUCAACACGAGUGGAAGAAGCACCAUUCCCAAGGACGCUUGUCUAGCCUUCCUACACAUCCUCAACUAUCGGCAUGAAGGGUUUCGGAUCCCACGAUCCGUGCCACCAAGCUUACGCGCAAGUUUUGAAGGCAACAAGAUCGACUACCAGAUCGACAGCAUACGAAACAAGCCCAAUAAAUACGACGAAGACACCAGCACCGGCCGAAAAGCCAAGUUUGGUGAUGCGUAUCUCAGCAGAAUCGGAGCGCGAGCAGGGACUGGCUAUCAACCCAAAGGCACCAACUUCAACGAUGUGGUCGAGGACGAAGACCUCGAAAAAGUCCGCCUUCUGCGGGAACUGCGGGAACUGGAACAGCAGCAAGAAGCCGCCCAAGCAUCCUCUGACCGACGACGGAACCAGCGGAGCGAGAAUGGCGGUGCCCGGCAGCCGGGCAAAACCAACUGGACUCUGAUCAAACGCGAAGCUCAACAACUACUCGACUACAAGCAACGACAAUAUGUCGAAUUGAACUCUGAUAAAGCUGCCAGUGCAGGCGGGGACCUGAAGCGGUUGAGGGAGGAUUUGGCUCUCGUCGCGGAGCAAGUCGAUGGGCUAGAAGCUCAUUUGCGGAAAAGAGAAGCGGAGCUGGAUAAUCUGAAGCGCGAAGUCGAGACGGAAAAAGCAGGGCGGUAG